UUACACCCUGUAGGAGUGCAGGUCCUGCCAGCCAAUAGAGUAAAAAAAACGCCUCCGCCGAUGACUCAAGGGAAGGACGGAGGUGAGAUUAACAGGGAUCCUCGGCAGCAGCGGUCCUGUUAGUAUAAAGGGAAAUAAUCACAAUGGGCAGCAUCGACUCCAAACUGAACUUCAGGAAAGCAGUGAUUCAACUGACAACCAAAACACAGCCAGUUGAAGCCACCGACGAUGCCUUUUGGGACCAGUUCUGGGCAGACACCACCACCACGGUCCAGGAUGUUUUUGCACUGGUUCCAGCUGCAGAGAUAAGAGCCGUUCGAGAGGAGUCCCCCUCCAAUUUAGCAACUCUCUGCUAUAAGGCCGUGGAGAAGCUGGUGCAGGGUGCCGAGUCUGGUUGCCCCACAGAGAGGGAGAAGCAGGUGAUCCUGAACUGCACCUGCAUCCUGAGCCGCAUCCUUCCUUACAUUUUUGAGGAUCAGGACUGGAGAGGAUUCUUCUGGUCAACGGUGCCCGGUGCUGGGCGAGCUGGGACGGAUGAGCUGGAUGAUGAUGAAGGAGCUCGACCCCUGGCCGAGUCGCUGCUCCUUGCUAUCGCUGACCUCCUCUUCUGCCCGGACUUCACUGUGCACAGCCACAGGAGAAGCCCCGACUCAGUAGAGAACAUGCAGUCUAUAGACAGCUGUGAAUACAUCUGGGAAGCAGGGGUGGGCUUCGCACAGUCCCCCCCGCUCAACUACAUCCAUGAUCUGAAUAGGAUCGAGCUGCUGCGACUGUUACUAACCUGCUUCUCAGAGGCCAUGUACCUGCCUUCCUCAACAGACAACAGUGUCCUUAACCCUUGGGUCACAUUCUUCUGCUCCACAGAAAAUAGACACGCUCUGCCUCUGUUCACCUCUCUGCUGAAUGUGGUGUCCGCCUACGAUCCAGUGGGUUACGGCAUCCCGUAUAACCACCUGCUCUUCGCUGACUACCGAGAGCAGCUGGUGGAGCAGGCAGUGCAGAUCCUCAUCGUGACGCUGGAGCAUGACGCAGGGGUUCCCCACCAGCCCCCCUCCCAGUCCAGCAUGGAGGAACACGAGGUAUCACACCGACUCGCAAGGAAAUCAGUCCCACGAUGGCAUGGAAUGUGUUUUAAUGUCAUUCCGGUUAAUGGCGUCGUCUUUGUGCAGGCGGCUGGCCCCGAAAACCUUUUCGUGAAUUAUUUGUCGCGGAUCCACAGAGAGGAGGACUUUGACUUUGUCCUGAAGGGCCUCGCUCGUCUGCUGACCAACCCUUUGACUCAGACGUACCUGCCUAACUCCACCAAGAAGAUCCAGUUCCACCAAGAGCUGCUGGUGCUUUUCUGGAAGCUCUGUGACUUCAACAAGAAGUUCCUGUUCUUUGUCCUGAAGAGCAGCGAUGUGCUGGAUAUUCUGGUCCCCAUCCUCUUCUACCUGAACGACGCCCGGGCUGACCAGUCCCGCGUCGGACUCAUGCACAUCGGCGUCUUCAUUCUGCUGCUGCUCAGCGGGGAGAGGAACUUUGGGGUGCGCCUGAACAAGCCCUACUCGGCCCACGUGCCCAUGGACAUCCCGGUGUUCACGGGGACGCACGCCGACCUGCUCAUCGUGGUGUUUCACAAGAUCAUCACCACAGGCCACCAGCGUCUCCAGCCUCUGUUUGACUGCCUGCUCACUAUUGUCGUAAACGUGUCUCCCUAUUUAAAGAGCCUGUCCAUGGUGGCGGCCAAUAAACUGCUCCACCUGCUGGAGGCCUUCUCCACCAGCUGGUUCCUGUUCUCUGUAGCUCAGAACCAUCAUCUCGUGUUCUUCCUUCUCGAGGCUUUCAACAAUAUCAUCCAAUAUCAGUUUGACGGAAACUGCAACCUUGUGUACGCAAUCAUACGCAAACGCAACGUGUUCCACCAGCUGGCCAACCUGCCCUCUGACGCCGCUUCCAUCCAGAAGGCUUUGCAGAGGAAGAGGAAGUCUCCGGAUGUCAUCUCCCGCACGAGCUCUCAGGAGACGGUGUCCAUGGAGGGCUCUCACCCCGCUGUACCGGCGGAGCCUGGCACACUGAAGACCAGUCUGGUCGCUAUACCAGGCAUCGACAAACUGACUGAGAAGUCCCAGGUCUCAGAAGAUGGCACCAUGGUGUCAGUUCCAAAGAUGGACCCCUUACAAACAGCCCACGCAGACCAGAACGCGGCCGCCGGGACCAGCGACACGGAGUCGAACUCGGGCCGGGACAAUGAAGAUGUUUUCUACACCGAAGCAGAAAUGGAGAGAAGGCCUUUGUCAAGAGCGCCUUCAACAUCGUUUUGGGCUCCCACACCAGAAUGGGUCCUCUCCUGGAAGUGUAAACUACCCCUACAGACGAUCAUGCGACUUCUACAAGUUCUAGUUCCCCAGGUGGAAAAGAUCUGCAUCGACAAGGGCCUAACCGAUGAAUCAGAGAUUCUGAAGUUCCUCCAGCAUGGCACAUUAGUGGGCCUGCUGCCAGUUCCUCAUCCCAUUCUCAUCAGAAAGUAUCAGGCCAACGCAGGCACCGCCAUGUGGUUUCGCACCUACAUGUGGGGUGUGGUCUAUUUGCGCAAUGUGGACCCUCCGAUCUGGUAUGACACCGACGUUCGCCUUUUCGAGAUUCAGAGGAUGUAGACGGAAGAUUUAAAAAUGGGACUGUUCAACAGGGUUCUCCCUCCCUUGGGUAUGUGCUGGUUUCGACCACACUGUGUUUAACUUGCCGCCAUAAUCGUCAGUGCGUACAUCACCAAUCUGGGUGGGAGAGUCAUUCAGAUGAGGGAUGAUGGAAUUAUCACUACCGUCAAAUUACAGUGUUUGUACAUUUCUUAAGACCUUAGAAUGUCUGGAGUGUUUUUUUUCCUUUUCUUGGCGGAAUAGAAGGGAAAGAGGAGAUGUUAAACUUUGCAGUAAGACUUGUUUUAGAAGAUAUGGUGCUUACCAACAUAUCCUGAUUGGUACAAUAUUUGUGUUUUUGUUCUGUUCUAUGUUCAAUGCUUUAAAGUGCACUCUUUCAUUUGUGAAUAGGUUUGUAGUUUGUGACAAUGUAACUACAGGAUUUUGACAAUUAUACAGAUUAUAUGUUUCUAAUGCAUAUGACCAGGUUUAAGUUUGACCUGGCUGGCUGUGCUUACAAUGGUUGAUGUUGGAAAUUGUAUUUUACGUAAACUAUCUUGAAUAUAUAUAUAUAUACACUCACCGGCCACUUUAUUAG